AUGGAAAAAUCUAAAAGAGAUAGGAGCGCAAACUUUUCUCCGACGAGAGAGACAUUUUGGUGUCUCUGAUCCAAAAACAUAAAUGUGUACUGGAAAAUAAACAAAGCGAUGGUUCUACUUGAAAACAGAAAGAAGCUGCGUGGGACAUUCAAUAUGAAUUUAAUGCUCGAUCUGGAGGGACAUUCCGAACGACAAAGACGCUCAAAGUAAAAUAUGAGGGUUGCAAAAGAACUGUUCGGUAAAAGUCCGCUGCGAUACGCUCGGAACUCUACCGCACCGGAGGUGGCCGCAACACGGCGCCUCCGGUAGACAACGUCGAGGAGCAAGUAAAAGCCAUGAUUUCUUUGAGCACUGACAGAAUGCAUAGCAUUUAUGACUCAGAUGUCAUACAAGAAAGUCAAGGAACUCAAGACAACAUCAACGUUCCCGAUGAACAAGUGGAGAUUUCUGUGAUAAAUGUACCCGAGAUUGUAGAAAGUAAUGCUACUCAAAACCAAGUUGUGGUGCUAGUAGCUAAUGAGUGUGAACCAUUACCAGCCACUAGCAGUGUAGACAUGGUUGAAAUAGAAAAAAAAUUAGUAUUGAUAAGACAGCGCUUUGCUUGACAGUGACACUCCUAAGAGGAAGAGUGUUAUAAUAUAUUACUAAAUUUAAAAAAACAUGGGAUGUCACAAAUAGAAAGAAUUUAAAAUCAAAGAAACAUCUUACACUGAUUGUUUUUGUUACAGCAAAUGUAUCAAAAAGGACUGACUCAAGCAAAAUUAGAACUAGUUCAGCUUCAAAAACAAGUUUAAGAGGAGGAAAUUGUACAUAAAAAGAAGGUAUGGGAGUUUGAAGACAAUGAACGCAGAAAGGAGGCAGAAUUUAAAGAAAAAGAGCGCAAAUGGAAGGAGGAAGAGUACAAAUUAAAAUUACAAAUAAU